UCUUAUCAUGUAAAAGCUAUAAAAGUCUGAUGUUGCUUAAUAAAUAAAAGAUUUUCUUUUAGACCUCUAUGUGUAUAAUUAAGAACUUUUCAAAUUUGGUAUCAGAAUCACAAAGAGGUCUGUAAUGCUCAAACACUGCUAGUGUAGGUGAGUGUGUGACAAUGACUGAAACUAAUAGCUUCGCACAAGCAUGCAUUCCCAAGUUUAACGGGAUAUAUGAUCAUUGGAGUUUGAUCAUGGAAAAUCUCCUUAGAUCAAAGGAUUACUGGAGUGUCGUCCAAAAAGGUUAUACAAAAUCAGCUGAUGAAGAAGUACUGACACCAGUUCAGAAGAAGACCUUAGAAGAAACAAGGUUAAAGGAUUUGAAGGCCAAGAAUUAUCUCUUCAGUUCCAUUGACAAGACCAUUCUGAAGACAAUUUUGCAAAAGCAAAGGCCAAACAAUUGUGGGACUCAAUGAAGGUUAAGUAUCAAGGGAAUGCUCAGGUGCAGCGUGCUCAACUUCAAACUCUUCGUAGAGACUUUGAGCUACUAGAGAUGAGACCGGAAGAGACAAUCAAUGAUUACUUCGGGAGAGUGAUGGUGGUGUCCAAUAACAUGAGAAACUGUGGUGAAGACAUACCAAAUGUCAAAAUUGUUGAGAAGAUUCUACGUACUCUCGCCGAGAAAUUCAAUUACAUUGUAUGCUCAAUUGAGGAGUCAAAGGACAUUGAUAGUCUCUCAGUUGAUGCUUUACAAAGCUCGUUAUUGGUUCAUGAGCAGAAGUUUAGAAAGAAUGGUGGAGAGGAGCAAGCACUAAAGGUUAGUUAUGAUGAAAGAGGAAGGAGAGGUAGAGGAGCUGCAAUUAGAGGCCGAGGGAGAGGCAGAGGGAGACAAAUUAACAAGGACACCGUGGAAUGUUAUAAAUGCCAUCAACUAGGGCAUUUUCAAUACAAAUGUUCUAGCAGGGACAAGAAAGCCAACUAUGUUGAGGUUGAUGAGGAUGAAGAGAUGCUCCUGAUGGCUUUUGUGGAAACUAACAACACAAAAAGGGAAGAGAUGUGGUACUUAGAUUCCGAAUGUAGCAAUCACAUGUGUGGGAAGAUGCAGUACUUCUUAGAUUUUGAUGGUACAUACCAACAUUCGUGA